AUGACCACCCCUGCACUGAAGACUGACCAGGGUUCAAUAAACGAUGCAACAGCCGAAGGAAUGGUGACUCAUGCUGCAAACUUGCCCACGCCUCUAUCUGAUCCAAUGCGUCAGAAAGCGCAUCGUUUCAAGAACACACCAACAGACGCAGUUAUUAUGGACAACCUGACGUUCAAGAAGGUCUCCACAUUAAUGAAAGGAAAUCGGCAAGACGCACUGAAAAACCGGGAGCUAAAGGGGAUCUCUCUGGCUGCGUCAAAACGAAACUUUGCAUCGGUCACCACAUCGAAUGAGCAACUCACUCAGUACCUGCAAUAA